UCCGUCUCACAGACGCGGUGGAGUCUGAGUGGCGACGCGGAUGCGGGAGUUGUUUUGAUCCAGCCGGACGGAUUCCCCCUCUCUCCGUCGAGUCUACGCGUCGCUGAGGCGCAUUCAAACAUGCGCCGUGUUAUGUUUCCAGCUUGUGUCCGACGGUCAUCGCCUCUCCGCAGAAGGAAAGUCACCAUGGAGUAACCGGAGGAACUUUUACUAGUUAAAGAAUGACCAAUGCUAGGCUAACGCGUUAGCAGCAAAAAGUUUUGAAGUGCCACACUAACUGCGUUUGACUCUUUUCCGGGUUCCAGAUAUUUGCUUUUUGAAAAGGUUUAGCGCGGAGGAAGUGAACGGCUGACUUGUGUCCGAGUAGCCGGUGCAGGUGCACCUCCCGCGGCACCUGCGGUGGAGCUAAGUUAGCCCGUUAGCAUCCCUUCGAGACUGUGACUAUGUUUUGGGAAAACAUAACCAUUUAUACUUGUUAUUGUGCCGCCUGAGCUUUCCUGUCUCGUUUUAACGCGAGUGGGGAAGCUUUAAUGUAACUUCUCGUGGGUGAUAUUGACCUAGAAAACUGGACGAGGAUAAAGUUUCCACGGCAGGACAUCGGACACGGUUGUCUCGGGCUACGCUGGGAAUUCCCCCGUUUCUUGCCAGCGUGUCUCUCCACUGCACGAACAUGAGGAUUUCAAGAAGUGGUUGCUGGUUGAAAGUUUUCCGUAUGCUCUAAACGCCGUGCAGCCUAUGGUGCCGCUACGACCACCGAGAAAUGGAUGUCUCGCAGGCCGCUUUCCCAAACGGUGAAGGGCGGCCGGGCGGUGAAGGGACCGGGGAGCAUGCUUGGACGGAGUCUCCCUCGGGGCGGGCGUGGGCGCACUCGGCCCCGUUGUGCCCGACUCGGUCUCUGUGGACCGCCGCGUAUGAUUACGAGGCUUGCGGGGAGGACGAGCUCAGUCUCAGGAGAGGCGAAGUGGUCGAGGUUCUCUCGAAGGACGCUGCCAUCUCCGGGGACGAAGGGUGGUGGACCGGCAAGAUCAACCACCGUGUCGGGAUUUUCCCUUCCAACUAUGUCACCUACCAGCCUGCUAUUUACCGUCUCCCCGCCACUAGCGUGGCGACUGGAGUACGAGAGCGAGUCCCGAGGGACCCCAUUCAGAUCCCCUUUAGUGAACUGGUAAUAGAAGAGAUCAUUGGCGUGGGUGGAUUUGGCAAAGUUUACCGGGGCACAUGGAAGGACCAGGAGGUUGCAGUGAAGGCGGCUCGACAGGACCCGGACGAAGACAUCGCUGCGACUUCCUGCAGUGUCCAGCAAGAGGCCAAACUUUUCUCCAUGCUGCAGCACCCCAACAUCAUCAAACUGGAGGGAGUGUGUCUGGAUGAGCCCAACCUGUGUCUGGUCAUGGAGUACGCUCGUGGCGGGACCCUGAACCGUGUUUUGACCGGAAGGCGCAUCCCUCCUCACAUCCUGGUCAACUGGGCCGUGCAGAUCGCACGAGGGAUGCAGUACCUUCACGAGGAGGCCGGGGUGCCCAUCAUCCACCGGGACCUGAAGUCAAGCAACAUUUUAUUACUUGAAAAAAUAGAGAAUGAUGACAUUGGGAGGAAGACGUUGAAGAUCACCGAUUUUGGCUUGGCCAGAGAGUGGCACAAAACCACGAAAAUGUCGGCAGCGGGGACAUACUCCUGGAUGGCCCCGGAGGUCAUCAAGUCUUCGCUCUUCUCCAAAGGCAGUGACGUCUGGAGUUAUGGUGUCUUACUGUGGGAGCUGCUGACCGGGGAGGUGCCCUACCGCGGCAUUGACGGCUUGGCGGUGGCUUACGGCGUGGCGGUCAAUAAAUUAACGCUACCAAUCCCAUCUACCUGCCCCGAACCUUUUGCCAAGCUCAUGGAAGAGUGCUGGGACCAGGACCCACAUGUGCGUCCCUCUUUCUCCUGCAUUCUUGAGCAGCUGUCGGCCAUUGAAGAGGCAGUGAUGGCCACCAUGCCCCAGGACUCCUUCCACAGUAUGCAGGACAACUGGCGCGUGGAGAUUCAGGAGAUGUUUGACGAACUAAGGACCAAAGAGAAGGAGCUCCGAUCCAGGGAAGAGGAGCUGUCGCGGGCGGCCCUGCAGCAGAAGUCCCAGGAGGAGCUGCUGAAGCGGCGGGAGCAGCAGCUGGCCGAGCGGGAGAUCAACGUGCUAGAGAGGGAGCUCAACAUUCUAAUCUUCCAGCUCAACAAAGACAAGCCUAAUGUAAAAAAGAGGAAAGGAAAAUUUAAACGUUCACGCCUCAAGCUGAAGGAUGGGAACCGCAUCAGUCUUCCAUCUGACUUUCAGCACAAGAUCACCGUUCAGGCAUCUCCUUCCAUGGACAAGAGGCGGAGCCUUCACAGCACCAGCUCCUCUCCACCCAGCAGUCCCACACUCAUCCCACGACUACGAGCUAUUCAGCUGACGUCCCAUUUCCAGAGAGACAGUUUGUAUGUUUACCAGCAGGACGUUGAUUUGACCAGCGAGCUCUCAGUCUACUCUGGGAACUCAAAGAAAGUCACUCAAGAUGAGAGCAACCGUACGUGGGGCCGCAGCACCCCCUCCAGGGCGGAGGAAUUCGAUGAUAUGAAAAAGGGAAUCAAGAAGAAAGGACGAACCUGGGGUCCCAGUUCAGUCCAGAGCAAAGAGAGACCUGCAGCAGCAGAGAGAGUGAGACCUCUCUCUGACGGAAGCAACCCUUGGUCCACGAGCCUGGUCAAGUCCCAAAAGUCUGUUCCCCUCGCCGCGCUUUUUUCAGAGCAAGGGGCAUCUGGUAAGGAAGAGGGAUUCUCACCGGAAUGUUGCGACAGCAGCUCCAAACCAAAGCAGCUCAAGUUCCCCAACCAGGUCUACAUCGAUCUACCUCUGUGGCGGGACGAGCAACAGCCUCAGAGCCCCGCUGGUCACGGAGGCCUGGGUGACGCCGGGGUCGGGACCGCAGGACAAGGAGGCUCGCCGGAGAGCCCGGAGGACCCUUGCACCACCACGUCCACCUCAUCGACUUCCACCACGCCUCAGCUCACCCCCACCAACAGCCUGAAGAGGGCGGCGGCCCGCAGGAAGACGGACUCAGCGCUGUAUGGUUGCGGCUCUCUGUUAGCGUCCGUUGUGCUCGGCUACGAUAUCAGAGAGGCCCUGAAAAACUCUGCCGCUGCCGAAGACUGCGAUCCGCAGCGUGAGGAGAAGGAGCAGAAGAAGAAAAAGGAAGGGCUUUUCCAGCGGGCCACCAGGUUCCGCCGCAGCACAUCGCCCCCUACUGGUCGCACUCGCAAAGACGACGUGUCCACAAGCCCCAACAGCAACCAGCCUGUCAAUCUCAUCUCAAUGUCGGCCAUCGUAGAAUGUAACUCUACGAAGUGUCUGUUACAGUCAGAGGCCGAAGUGUCCCAGUCCAGCCCGGAGAAGGCGGAGCUUGUGGUCGCCAGUUAUCCUGCUGCCCUAACCAAGGCCACAGCGCCCACCAACAGACCCAAUAACAGGUCUGCUGCCAAAACACAGACCUGUGUGAAAACCCAAAGUCAAACACUGGAGCACAGUAACCAGAACACAGGGACACGUCUGCGCAGGAAGAAGUACAACAACAACCACGCCAACUGUGCGGCGGCUCUCCCUCCUCCGGCCAUGCAGAGGAAGCAGGAGAAGAACUGUGGUUCAGAGAAGAUCUCUGGAGGCGAAGCCUGCACCAGACCCCGACCCGUGUCAUUCCGGGCCAAACCAAACGCCUGGGCUCUGCUACGUGGACGCAACAAGAGCUACUCUCUGGGCCACUACUCCGGGGAGAAGGCCGCACAGAACCUCAGCAUGGUGCUAACGUCGGAAGUGGGCUGCUCCCUGCUGGACAUGGACACGGAGGGACAGAAGCGGGACUGCACCGUGCCGCUCUGCCGCAUCCAGAGCUCGCCGGGCCGGCCGUCGCUCUUCGAGCUGGAAAAGGAGUUCCUGUCUUGAAGCCUUGAUAUGAUUUUGUGUCCUACUGGCCAGUGUUCCGGGACAUGCAGACAGUUCAGAACCAGGUGACACUCGUCCCGGAUCAUGAGCUUUGCCUUAGAUCUAGAACAUGGCGACGUCCAGCGUGACCAAGCCUGUCUCACCGGAACUUGCCGGAGCGACGGCACCAGCUCCACUCUCCUCUCUGCUCGCACCGACUUCCUGUUCUAUGCUGUUCGCAGCUUUUGCAACACAGUACCUUCACCUUUUUAUUUAUAUAUAUAUUUUUAUAGGUAAUUUAAAAUGAAGAGACUUGUAGUAAGGACGUACAUUCCAAUGUCAAAGCUGUGUGAUUCUUCUUCUUCGAGAGAGAUCGUGAAUGUGCCUCCCGGAUGACAAAAAAGAGUUUGUAUAUAUUUCUUUUGACUUUGGCGGCCUUUUUUUAUGUUCUGUAAUGAUCGAUGCUGCGUUUGCUUCUACAAGCAAGAAGCCUUCUGAGGAAGAAGCGUGAACCUUCCUGCGUCAACCAUGACGUGACGUCGGCAUUCUUUUUUAACCCAGGUUCAGUGUGAAGCGGGUCGUCGCCACUUCUUCUGGUUUCACUUUGUCUUUCAGUCCAGUCUCUUUAAUACGGAAUGAUUCUCCUGGACGUAUUGACUCAUUUUAGAACAUUGUUUUUUAUGAUUUUGAUGAUUUGAUUCAAGAAAAAAGAGUGAAUUUUGUUCGGUACUUUGAAGCAUCAUUUUUGGUUUCAGUUUCUACUCUGUGAGGAAACAAGACGUUUCUAUGAGUUAUUCACAAGUUGAAAAAAAGAUGACACUAAUUUGAUCUCGAUAUUUUUGAAAAGAAAAUUUGAGGCAAAUUUGGUGGUCUAUUUUGAAAGUCUUGUUUGCACAUCUGUGGUUAUUUUUCAUGAAAUUCUUCAUGGAAGGAGCCUGAGUGGGAGAACCGUCUGUUCUCCUAACCGCUGUCUUAAACUUAAGACUCUAAAAAGAUUAUUUUUAUACUCAAAAGAACCGACUGACCUCCGCAGGCCUCUGGCUCGAACCCGCUGUUCUCUCGGCCCAUUUUUGUAUUCAGGCUUCAGCAAGUUCCUCGCAUGUUGUAAAUACCGUUCAUGAUGUUUUGUAUCUCUAUGGCAUUUUGUGAAGUGAGAAUGUGAAUGACCCCACUCCUGUCGUUUGUGAGGUUCUGUCCAGGCCCUAGUACCGAUGACGCCUUUGUUUACUAGCAGCAGCGCCACUGAAGGAUUCACCAUUCCAGUUACAAGUGAACUCUAACCAACCCUGUGCUGCCUGCGGGACCAAAUUUCGAAGUCAAAACCAGCACUAGAGACUCGUCUUCAGGACCAAAACCACUAAAUGUGACCAGCUGCUAAUGUGUGUGUGUGUCUGUGUGUGUGUGUGUUUUUGGGGUUGUGACAAAGAAACGCACCAAACCUUCGAAGGCCUUCUGAUCCCAUGACGACUUUUCCAAAACUGCCACGCUGUACGUGUCAGCCUUUUUUCUUACUACAGUAUUGGUUACAAGCCUGAUCGAUCAAGAGUUUCAAAAUUCUCAAUAAAGUCUAAACCAGACAAAAGUCAUUCUUGGUUUUUUUUUGUUUUUUUUUUACCUUUUUCUGUCCCCAGUUUUAGCAUACUAACUAACUGAUCUGUUAACUUUUACAGGUUGGUAUCUCCAUCGUCCAUCAGUGAACCAGGUUCCAUUUCACGAGUUUCACUCCUCAGCGGGUGCUGGUUAGGCGUCACCUGAUCACCGGCUGCUCAUGUUGUAACCCUUUGUUUGGGUCGAGAGGUCACCUUUCACCCGUCAGUGAUACGGAUC